CUCCGAAAUACAACCAUGGAAGCUCUUGCAGCUCUAGGACUUGCUUGCAACAUCUUCCAGGUCGUCAGUUUCGGUCGCGAAACGAUCCAGGUGGCCAAGGAGGUCUACCGUUGCGGUCGACUCGACCCUCAUCUAACCAACGGCGCCGACGCACUCGACAAGGUGAUUAGCGAGCUACAGGCCAGCCUGCAGCCGACGGCCGCGACGACAAAUCGUACGCCUAGUCAAGGGCUGCAGCUAUCGAACCUGGACAAGCAGCUGGUUGAGUUGGCAAAGAAGUGUCAAGGUGCCGGGCGAGACCUGUGCGAGGAAGUUAGUUUUCUCAACAGUCAUGGCACCAAGGCCAGUCUCAUCGCGACGAUCAAAACUGCAACCAAGGCGAACUGGAGGAAGCGAAGGUUAGAGACGCUUGAGCGGAAGUUAGGGGAUGCAGAAAGGCUCAUGCAGACGGGCUUGCUGGCGAAGAUCUACGAACGAACCAACCUCAAUGGUUCAGACCUGGCCAGAUUGGGCUCGGACCUGCGAUUAUUUGUCCUUGAGUACCAGAAAGGGCAUGUAGAUGCGUCUACUCUUGUCAAAACAGAGUUCGCCUCUAUACGUCAGCAUGUGAGAACCGAGUCCUCGAGAAACCAACAGGCAGUCAAGAAAGAAGUCCGCCGGUCCGAAGUUGCUAUCAAUAGCCAUAUCACACAUUCAAGCCGCAAAACUACCGAGAAGAUAGUGCACAGCAUCAGCAAGCUGGAGGUUGACUCACAACAGAGAGUGCAACGCGAGGCCGUGCGGGAGCGCCUGAUUAGGAGCCUCAAGUUCGACAGGAUGAAUGAACGACGCAACCAAGUAUCGGACUCACACCCACAAACAUUUCAGUGGGUGUUGCGGGAUGACACAGCUGACGAAGAAGCCGAUGGUGAAUCCACGGAUAAUUCAAGCAGCGAGUCCAGUCUAGACACACAAAAUGAAGAUUUCUUAGCAGAUUGGUCGUCUGAUAUGGAUUCAUCGAGCUCAGAGAGCGACAAUGAGAGCAUGGUUGACGGUCACAGAGAUAUUAAAUGGGAUAGCCUCCCUGACUGGCUCCGACAGUCAGCGGAUGUCCACACUUACUGGAUCAGUGGAAAGCCUGGAUCAGGCAAGACCACACUGAUGAAAUAUAUCAUAUCUGAUCCUCGAACUCAGAUGUACCUCGAUCAAUGGAGUUCCGGGGCGGUCAUAAUUCCUCACUUCAUCUGGCGCCUCGGCACAAGUAUGCAACAAAGUAUCAAGGGCCUCCUAUGCUCGCUCUUGUAUCAGUUGCUUUUGAACGACAAACUAGCAAUCGAUCACAUUCUACAGACUGGAUGCGAUACAUCUAUUAAAGAUUCAGACACGGAUUGGUCUGUGGCGGAGCUAAAGUCCACUCUUCAGCUUGCUUUGCGGCAAGCCACACACGCUGUUUGUAUCUUCAUUGAUGGUCUUGAUGAAGUACUCCCGAGCGACGUUACCCUGGCUCUUCUUGAUACGAUCAAUUGGUUACGAUCGUCGGCCAUUGGGUCAAAAAAGAUCAAGUUCUGUCUAGGAUCGAGGACAGAACCUUUAUUUGAAGCAAGACUCUGCUUUCAUCCGAAUAUCCGCCUGCAAGACUUGAAUAGAAAGGACCUACAUCACUACGCUGAUGCAGAAGUCAAUUUUAAUAAGGAUUACGCCGCAUUGCAGCUCACAAUUGGGCCAACGGAAUGGCCUAGGCUGAAGGAGCAGAUCAUAGAAGACCUUGUCAGAAAAGCCGAAGGAGUCUUCCUGUGGCUUUGUCUCACAGUAUCCGCUGUCAACAAGGCCAUUCAGCAAGCAGAGCCAUACGAGGAUCUGAGACAUCGGAUUGAACACCUUCCCCGAGACAUGGAAGCUCUAUUCGCAGAUAUGUGGGCCCGAACGAACGACGACAGCCUGGUCUUUAAAGCAAGAGCGGCACAUUACUUCCGAAUUCUGAUCGAACGGAACUCAAGAGGGACAGAUUGGAGUGUCUUCUCUGUCAUGCUAGAAAUGAAUCCUGGAGCAUGUCAGAAGUUGCUCAGAUACGAGACAGACGGAGAAUCAUCAGCGUUGUCAUUGCUUCGCAAAUGUGAAGCAACGAUUCGUGACAUCGAAUUGAGGUGUUCUGGUCUGGCAAUAAUUGAUACUAGCCUCGAAGUGCGUCGCGAGGAUAUACCGAACAUAACUCCGUGGCAUGGCGAUGAGUUCAAACCACUUAUCCCGCACCUUGUGUUAUCGGUUCGCUUCGUACACCGCACUGUUUUUGACUUCCUCACGGGCUCCAAUGUCGGCUGUGAUCUGCUGCAGAACGAUGUAUCGACAAAGGAAGAGAUUUUGGUUAGAGCCGCGGAAAGCGAAUUAGCGGCUGCAUAUCUUUUCCGCUGGCCUCAAAAUUUUCGUUAUGAUUAUAUGGGACUGGGCGUUCCAAUUCAGUGGGAUGUUGGCAGAAGCACAUUAUCCGCCUUUUUUCACAGAUUUCUUCCUCUACUGAACUAUGCAACGCCAGAGAGAAGUCUGUGGCUCAUAUCUGUCUGCGAAAAUCUUUUUAACUCGGACUACAUGCCUCUUAGAAAAUAUGAUCACCGUGGGAAGUGUAUACGAUUACGGAAACAAGUACUGGGCGACAGAUACUGCUAUCCCGGACUCACAGAGUCAAACAAUCGCCAGAAACAACUAUUCCUUAUGUGUUUGGCGGAACGGCAAUUCGGACUCAAGCAAGUUUGGGGGUUUCUCUUGGAAGCCGUGCAAGCUAGGGUGUUGAGUCAAGAAACCAAACUCGAACUCAUUACUUGGGCCUGCAGUUCCGGAGACUUGAGAAGUUUGGAGCUUCGCAAGGAAACUGUUCAAUGCCUUCUUGCCACAGGGACAAACAUUAACAAGAAAAUUACCUGUAGUUGGAAAACUGCUUAUGAGCUCUUUCCCUAUGAUCAAAUCUACAAGACACCAAUGCAAAAAUUGCUCUGGAAUACCUGGGAGCGAUUGAGGGACCCAUACACAUGGCUUUUCGACUGGCCUUCUUUGCUACAGCUUUUUAAGUGCUUUCUGGAUCACGGGGCUAGCCUUAAUGAUGAGAUGUACGCAUUAAUGGAAAUUGAAGGUCAUCGAACAUACUUUCUUGCCAUUUCUGCCGAUCUGGCCUGCACCUUGCCUGGUGCAGAGAGAGAUCACAAGGGAGAGCAACGGGAGGUUGUAUUGGCUGUAUACCCUGCAGCUGAUGUGUUGCGAGCAGUGUUGUGCAAAUUCGCAUCGUUGAAAAUUGACCAAAGUUCAUGGCCGGCAGAGAUUGGUUGCAUAUUGCGUGACCUUGAGGAAAAGCUACAACCACUUCCCCGAAGGGGUCACACAAUCGCCGUCGGCGUCGUUCCGCAGAGUGUACGGGCGGCCUCCAACCUGAAAAUGACGAAGGCGGCCUUCAACGCAAUAGUCAUGGAGAGAUUUGAGAUAUAUCCCCUCACAGCCGAACGGAACGAAUUAACGGACAAACUUCUACCGCUCCUGACCCUUGGCCUGAAUGUUGCUGAGACGGGGCAUGGGAGGGUGGAAUGCGCCGAAGAUAAAGAGGCUGUUGUGAUAGCCCGAAAAUCUGUACAAGAGGAGGUGAAGAAGAUUGUACAAGAGGGGAUCCAGCAACCCGAGCGUAUACACGACUACUUGGCCAGGAUAGGCGUCACUAGCAAGUACGUGGAGCCAGAGGAUGACGACGGCACUGAUAACGACGCAACCGAGAUUCACAUCGAGCAAGCAACCACACCUCACAUAGCAGAUGUCUCGACUGCAUAG